AUGGGUCUCUUCGGCCUCGGCGCUGGCUGCGAUGACGACGGCUGUUCGGCAACGCCACCGGGCCUCUCGCUGUCCAUGCUCUUCUCGCUUACGCCAUUCCUCGCCUCGUUCGUCAUUGUGUUUGUGGUCGUGUCCAAGAAGGUCUUCCCGUUGCUGUCGCGAGUACAACAGGCCGACGACGGCCAGGACCACUAUCUUCCUCCAUCAGCGCCUGCCGGCCUUCGGCUGGUCCAUGCCGCGCAUGGUGCUCGCUCCCUGCGUCGCCGGUUCGCCGCAGCCGCGUUUGCAACCACUACUGCCCUCGCUGCAGUCCUGGCGGAGUUGAUUCUCGCCGAGUUGUCUGAAGUUGUUGACCCAGUCGCACGCAACGCGGCCCUCCGGUUUACGGUUCCAGCGCUGUUAUUCCUCCUAAUUAUCCUCAUUCCCUUCCUGGAGCUCCAGUCGGUCAUCAGCGCGUCUGGCUGGUCGUUCCAGCGCACCGCCACGGGCAAGAUCCCCCGCGUCGCAUGGACUCUGCAGAUGCUCGCUUUUGGCAGCUGGCUGUUUGUGUUCUGGUCACUGGGCAUUGCCGUGCCUGGCCCCGUCCAGAACUACAUGUACUCCAACGAUGCGCGGACGGGGUUCGACAGCACAGGCAUCUCCAUGGCAUCGCGUUGGGAUGCGACCUCCGACGACCCAUUCGAUUUACAGAGCCUACGGUCUGCCGGCUCACGGGGAUUGGCUCGCGCGUGUCUUGAGCGGGUCGGCGUGAUUGGCAUCUCGCUCAUGGCGCUCCUCUCCGGCUUUGCCAGCGUCUCAUCCCCGUGGCAAAUGUUCAACGAUCGGCGAAGCGCGCGGAGGCGGCCAGUCUCGGACACGGAUCUGGCUCGUAAGGAAACAAGCCUCAGCAUGACCACUGACCUGAUCUCGACGAAGCGUCUCCGCCUCCGGUCAUUGCAGCGCAAGAUGGAGAUGACGGUGAAUCCGGUGCCGCAACAGCAGGGUAGCGUCUUGGGCAAGCUAGUUGGGUCAAUCAAGAGCAUAGUUGGAGCGGAUGGCCCUGAAGCUAUCGAGAUCAAGAGCCUAGAGAUGGAAAUAUCUGGGCUGGAGACGAUGGAGGCCGGCCUGUCUGCGUCCCUCUCGGCUCUGCGUUCGAAGCGCGCGUCCGAGGCUCGCGCAGGCACGUUCUUGGGAAAGCUUCUUGCGAUCCCCCAAUACGCCUUUGGCAUUUACUGCAUUUACCGCAUCUUGGCGACGACACUCACCACACUGCAUCGGGUGUACUACCCGGAGGCGUCUUUCUCGUCGUCCGACCCGAUCAACCGGUUCUUGGGCCUGCUGGCCAAGCACUGGGACCCGAAGCUCGACCAGCUCGCGUGGGCACGGCAGAUUUCGUUCCUGCUGAGCGGCGUGAUCCUGGCGGCGUCCGCCAACUCGGUGCUGCAGACGUUCCACAUCUUUGUCAAGUGGACACCGGGGCUACUGUACCAAGCGCAGGCCAACAUGGCGCUGCUUAUCGGGCAGAUUGCGGCCACGUACGUAAUCAGUUCCGCACUCUUGCUACGGUCCAACCUGCCCAAGGAGAUGGGCAGUGCCGUGAGCGAUGCACUGGAGAGUGCGCUGUCUCCUGGUUUUGUGGAUCGCUGGUUUGAGGGCUGGUUCUUGCUCGCCAGCAUGCUUACGGUAGUCGGCCUCUACAUUGGACGAUCACUGUCGUCUGGUGACAUGCUCGAUAGUUAUGACGAGUAUGGCAUGGAGGAGAUGGGCCGGAAGCAGUUGAAGGACUAA